GUGCUGCGCUGCUCCGCUCCAGCUGCUGCCGCCGCUGUCUGUCUGACGGUGCGUGCGUGCGUGCGCGCGAUCUCCUUUCCGCUCGCGCCGUGGUGCUGCUCCUCAAUGUAGCAAAGACCAUGACAGGCAUCGCCGCUGCCUCCUUCUUCUCCAACAUUUGCCAGUUCGGGGGUUGCGGACUGCACUUCGAGUCGCUGGCCGAGCUCAUCGUGCACAUCGAGGGUAAUCACAUCGAUACAGAUCCUCGUGUGUUGGAGAAACAGGAACUGCAGCAGCCCACAUAUGUCGCCCUCAGCUACAUUAACAGGUUUAUGACAGAUGCAGCACGGCGGGAGCAUGAGUCUCUGAAGAAGAAAGUUCAGCCAAAGCUGUCACUCUCACUGACGGGCAGCCAUUCACGCAACAGCGUGGCCACGCCCCCUCGCCACAACAGCGGCAACCUGACCCCGCCCGUGACUCCGCCCAUCACGCCCUCAUCUUCAUUCAGGAGCAGCACCCCCACAGGCAGUGAGUAUGAUGAGGAGGAAGCAGAAUACGAGGACUCUGACAGUGACGAGUCGUGGACCACUGAAAGUGCCAUUAGCUCUGAAUCCAUCCUCAGUUCCAUGUGCAUGAACGGCGGUGAUGAGAAACCGUUCGCAUGUCCCGUGCCUGGCUGCAAAAAGAGAUACAAGAAUGUGAAUGGUAUUAAGUACCACGCCAAGAACGGCCACCGCACUCAGAUCCGCGUUCGGAAGCCCUUCAAGUGCCGGUGUGGUAAAAGCUACAAAAGCUCUCAGGGGCUGCGACACCACACCAUCAACUUCCACCCGCCCGUCUCUGCCGACAUCAUCCGCAAGAUGCAGCAGUAGAGAGUGCCAACAUCCUCCUCGACACCCCCCCCCCUCAACACGCAUCACAUGUAUAUACACCUCCACAUCCAUCCGCACCAGCAGCUCUGACUUUGACCCGUCUUGUCCUUAGUUUUUUGGAGGAAAUCCAAAAAAUAUUUGUCUGGAGGACAGUUCGUCUUUUUCUAUUUUACACUUUUAAGAGUAAGACUACUUCACCUCCUUUUUCAUUCCACUCCUCACAAGGAGGAAACUUCAAUCUUUUUAUAUUCCUCUUUCUUAAGGAAGACUCCCGGAUCCCUGUUUCGUUCCGUACCUCCAUGAGUAGGAUUUGAUUAACUAUCUAUCAAAACACUACAUUUUGAAUUGCAUGCUUUUAUUAUUUCCUUUGCUUAUUUGUAUCCUAUUAGAGUGCACAGUUUUGUAUUUUUGCACAUUUGCUUAAUCUUUUUAUUUUCCUCGUCUUUAUUUUUUUAUGAUGUGAGGUGUUUAGACUGAUGGUAUGUUUGGAAAGGUAAGAAUCGUGACUAGAUAACCAGCCUCGCGUGAGUGAAUGUGAGAAAAACAGAAGAUAGGAAAGGUUUGAAAAGUCUAAAUGUUUAUUUACCCCGUAUAAGCAACAUUCAUAGCUACAGAUUGUGUAUAUAACUAUAUAUUCUUGAAGUUUCAUAGAUUUAAAUUCUAUACUUUAUUCCCAAGUUUUAUUUUGUAUAUUUUCAACCGAAUAUCGGAGAUGUCGAUAUCGAUUGAUUAUGGAUGUGCAGUUUUUUUGGUAGUGCUUUCACCCUUUCCGUUAAUCUCAAAAAAGUUUUGAGUUCUAGCACCAAAUGACUCUCAGGUGAAAAAUCGCCAGCAUUUCAAAACCAUAAUCCUGAUCUGAUAGUAUUUUAGAGCAGGCUGUUACACUCUUCCCAGGUCCGCUGUGGCCGGACCGUUCUGGAGCGUUCUGGAGCGUUCUAGAACUCCACAGCAAUCUGGAGAAGAACCUAAAGCACUUUGUAUUGACCAGCUGCCAACCUGUUUAGCUCAUUUUGUAUUGCCAACGAGCCGCAGAAUGUUUUCUGCAACUCAGCUGUGAAAUUCUAAGGACUAAUAUGGCCCUUUGGAGGUCUCUAUUUCUGAGGUUCUUUUCCUUUUUUUUCUAGCUAAGGGAAUUCAUUCUUUCGCUGUACCUCCAGUGUGCUUGUUAGGUGUGAGAUUAUUGAAACUGGUUGCCUUGAAUUGUGGAACACCACAGCAUUCCAGUACAGUAUGUGUGCAACCAAGUGAUUCAGAUUGUGUAUUCAUCCUGAUUCUGGCUCAUCUCUGGUGAAUCCGUGUAACUUUUAUACCCCUAACCUGUCACUGGGAUAAUAAAGAGUCACAACCCAAAGAUA